AUGAAUGAUCCCGAUUUUGGAGACGCAUGCAAAUAUGUUAAUGAUUCCACUAUAGAGAUGGCAUGGGCUGCUGCCGAGAGAGCAAAUAUCCAUAUGAAUUUGCUCAUGUGUUGCGAUACAAAAUUGCUUAAACUGAAUAAACAGCAGGAUAUUAUCUACACAACGUUCAAGCGCACAUUUCCCGACCUCGAUGUUCACAAGGUAACAGAAGUGGAUCUGAAACAUGGAGGCAUGAAGGAAAAGUGGCAUGACUUUUGCGAAAUUUUCCGAGAGAUUGUAGAAGACUAUUCGCUUGGAACACUUAUGCGGAUAGAAGCCUGUAAAGGUUAUAGUGAGGAGAAUACGAUAGUCGUACCGAAGAUCAUCUAUUUGGCCGUUGAAAUCGCUCGAAAUAUUGAAGGAAUCAAUGAAAAGUUGAAGGCCGAAUUUACAGAGGAUCACAAGAAAAAUGGAGCACCGUUGUAG